AUUCAAUGAAUCGCUUGAUUCAUCAAAACUCGGCGUUCAAGAGGAAAUGACCCUUUCGUGCGCAUUUUUCCUAACGAAUUACGUAGUAGAUACAAUUUCCUUUGGUAUGAUAAGUAAUUCGUGCAACUAACGAGCCAUGCAACGAAAUAUAUAUAUAUAUAUAAGAUCUCCACGCUAACGAGCUCAACGUUCAGUAAUCGAAAAAGUCAACAACGGUGAAUCUCUCUCCCCAAGAUGAAGACUAUACUGAUUGCUCUCGUGGCUGUUUGCUUCCUGCUCGGUGAAGUAUUCUCAGAAGACAAAUACACGACGAAGUACGACAACGUCGACAUCGAUGUUGUCCUCAACACCGAGAGACUUUUGAACGGGUACGUGAACUGUUUGCUGGAUCAAGGCCCGUGCACCCCCGACGCUGCUGAACUUAAGAAAAAUCUGCCCGAUGCUUUGGAGAACGAGUGUUCACCUUGCAGUGAAAAACAGAAAGAAAUUGCCGAUAAAGUUGUGCAAUUCUUGAUCGAUAAUAAACCAGAAAUAUGGGUUCUUCUCGAAGCAAAAUAUGAUCCAACAGGAGCUUAUAGGCAACAUUAUCUUCAGAAUCGGGUUAAAGAAGAAAGUGAUUAAAUUAACCUCGCAAUUCAAUGGUAUUUCCUUUUAAUUUUUACUAAUAAUUAGAUUGUUGCAUAAUGAAAUAAUCAAUUUUAUCAAUCUGUAAGUCUGUUCAAAAAUAAAUGACUAAAUUUAAAGCUUAUAGCUAGGUGAAUACAAUUUUCAAUAUAAUUUUAUUAAUAUAUUGUAACAUAAUUAUAUUCCAAAUUCAAAUAACAAUAUAGAUUUGGAAUUUAUAAAUAUGUAAAAAAUUAUUGAUAACAUUAAAAGGAUUUUCCAAGGAAAAGAUUGCAUUAAAGGAA